AUGGGGGUGACAGGCACCAGUGCAUUUCCCUGCUGUGGCAAGGACUCAGUGGACAUUGUGGAAAGAGCGAAUGACCACCACCACCACCCGCACCAUACUCAUGAAGAAAAAGAGGAUGAAGAAACCGAGCUGGAAACAGAGUUAGCAAAGACGGAGCCCCCACCCCAAGAGAACCCAGACCCAGGCCCAGUACCACAGCUGGAGGAGAUGGCACCAGAGACUGAAGGGGACAUCUGCUCUGAAAGCCCGGAACAGCAGAACUACAGGAUCGAAUCCCUCAAGCCCUAUGAAGGAGAGCUGACAACCACAAACAACUUCAGGCCCUGGGGUUACAAUGUGAACUCAACCAACCAGGACGAGGAGCAGGGGUCCGGCCAGUUUCGUUCCAUCCCUGUGCAGACCUCCGAGCACCUUUUCUGGUCAAACAAGCUCAUCCAGGCGUCAGAGCACAGCCUACAGAAGUCCUUAGAAAAACAUCACAAGAGCCCCCGGGAAAGGAAGUCUAUCUCCAUAUCCCAGGCUUACACAGAAUGUACCCAACUGCCGUCCAGCCCCCGAGUGUCCAGCCCCACCACGCCCACAACCAUUGGCCUGGCAGACCUGAUCAACUUCGCUUCAUCCCUGGCUGUAGCCUCCUCCAGCAACAUGGCCUUGCCUAACUUAGAGAGCAUGAUUAAGGGAACAGCUGAGAAGUCCCAGAAUACCUCUUUAGACUUUUGCCAGCCUGUCCAGUCCAUCAAGUUUGCCCAGGCUACCCAGAUCACCCAGAUAUCCUCAGAGAAGCAAGAUGAGUCCCCCGAAGACAUGGCUCACAAAUCUUGGACUCAGGAAACCAGGAAUGUAGCUUGCUCUUACCUGGAUAUUAACCAGACAGGGCUCAAGAAAGCCACCAUCCAAGGAGAAGUGAAGUUUGUCCAGGCACCAGCCACAUCCCCUCAACUUCAGGAAGACAAAGAUGAGUGA